CUCUUCUCCCACAAAGAAAGAUAUAGAUAAGAGAUAUACCUCAUCACUGUAACACUACUAACACAUAUAUUUCUCUUUUGUUUCAUUUUUUUUUCAAUUUCUGGCCAAGACAGGAAAUGGGUUCUUUGAGAAACGGAGAAACAGAGAGAAGCUUGUUUGAGCAGAAGAAAAUUGAAGAAGAUGAGGAAGAACCCAUUUUGAUGGAGCAGCCGCAGAAGUUUUGCAUGUUUCCUAUCAAGUACCCUCAGCUUUGGGAGAUGUACAAGAAGGCAGAAGCCAGUUUCUGGACUGCUGAGGAGGUUGAUCUCUCACAUGAUGUGCAGCAUUGGGAAGCUCUGUCUCAACCCGAAAAGCACUUCAUAAGCCACGUGCUGGCAUUCUUUGCUGCUUCAGAUGGGAUCGUUUUGGAAAACUUGGCUGCUCGUUUCCUCACUGAUGUUCAAAUUGCAGAGGCUCGAGCAUUUUAUGGAUUUCAAACUGCUAUGGAGAAUAUUCAUUCAGAAAUGUAUGGCUUGCUCUUGGAAACAUAUAUCAAGGACUCAAAAGAGAAGAACAGAUUGUUUAAUGCAGUCGAGAACAUCCCCUGCGUUGCACAAAAAGCCAAUUGGGCCUUGAAUUGGAUUAAGAGCACGGGCACAUUUGCUGAGAGACUCGUUGCCUUUGCCUGUGUUGAAGGCAUUUUCUUCUCUGGAAGCUUCUGCUCGAUUUUUUGGCUUAAGAAAAGGGGAUUGAUGCCUGGCUUGACGUUCUCUAAUGAACUCAUUUCUAGAGACGAGGGUCUGCACUGUGACUUCGCCUGCCUCCUAUACUCGUUACUUCAGAAGCAACUGAGUUGGCAAAGGGUCCAUCUUAUUGUAGAAGAAGCUGUUGAAAUCGAGAUUGAAUUUGUUUGUGAUGCCCUCCCUUGUGCUCUCAUUGGUAUGAACUCGACACUGAUGAGCCAGUACAUCAAGUUCGUUGCUGAUCGACUGCUGGUUUCUCUAGGGUGUCCGAAGGCGUACAAUGUUGCUUUCGACUGGAUGGAAAUUAUAUCGUUACAGGGAAAAGCCAACUUUUUCGAGAGAAGGGUAGGCGACUACCAGAAGGCGUCCGUCAUGUCCAGUUUGCAGGACGGUUCCAAGAAUUUCGAGUUCAAGACGGACGAGGACUUCUAGAAGCCGCACUCGUCUCCCUUCCUAUUCAUAGGUACUACUUGAUGCUGAACAAGGGCAUCUCUAUUGUCAGAAACAUUUUUAUAUGAAUGUAGCAUUUAUCAGUUGCCCAGAUUCUUGAAAACAAACAUAAUUCAAAUAGGAGAAAUUAUGACUUUGUUAUGUGGGCUGUAGUUUCAAAAUACACACAUACAGAUAAAGCGACUUCCAAUUGUAUUGGAAGCUUGUGUAAAUCAAAUAGUAGUAAUUGUAUUCAAUAAGUUUCAUGGAUUUUAAUUACUCAUAUUUUUUAA